AGCAGGUUGACGAGACUUCACUCAAGAUGUCCAAGCAGCAGCCUGCGCAGUUUAUAAACCCAGAGACACCUGGCUACGUUGGAUUUGCAAAUCUUCCCAACCAGGUGCACCGCAAGUCCGUGAAGAAAGGUUUCGAGUUCACACUGAUGGUUGUAGGUGAGUCGGGACUGGGAAAGUCAACGCUUAUUAACAGCCUGUUCCUGACUGACCUCUACCCAGAGAGGGUCCUCCCCGGAGCGGCAGAAAAAAUAGAGCGGACCGUCCAGAUCGAGGCCUCCACCGUGGAGAUUGAAGAGCGAGGGGUCAAGCUGCGACUGACCGUGGUGGAUACACCUGGCUACGGUGAUGCCAUUAACUGCCGAGACUGUUUCAAGACCAUCAUCUCCUACAUUGACGAGCAAUUUGAACGGUACCUGCAUGAUGAGAGCGGCCUGAACAGACGACACAUCAUAGACAACAGGGUUCACUGCUGCUUCUACUUCAUCUCCCCUUUUGGACACGGACUGAAGCCCUUGGAUGUUGCGUUCAUGAAGGCAAUCCACAAUAAGGUGAACAUUGUGCCCGUCAUCGCAAAGGCCGACACCCUCACACUGAAGGAGCGGGAGCGCCUGAAGAAACGGGUUCUGGAUGAAAUUGAAGAACACAGUAUCAAAAUCUACCACUUACCUGAUGCUGAGUCUGACGAAGAUGAAGAUUUUAAAGAGCAAACUAGGCUUCUCAAGGCCAGCAUCCCGUUCUCAGUGGUCGGAUCCAACCAAUUGAUUGAAGCCAAAGGCAAGAAGGUCCGAGGCCGCCUUUACCCCUGGGGGGUGGUGGAGGUGGAGAACCCCGAACACAAUGACUUCCUGAAGCUGAGAACCAUGCUCAUAACGCACAUGCAGGACCUCCAGGAGGUGACCCAGGACCUCCACUAUGAGAACUUCCGUUCCGAGAGACUCAAGAGAGGCGGCAGGAAGGUGGAGAAUGAGGACGUGAAUAAAGACCAGAUCUUGCUGGAAAAGGAAGCAGAGCUUCGCCGCAUGCAGGAGAUGAUCGCGAGGAUGCAGGCGCAGAUGCAGAUGCAGAUGCAGACGGGAGACGGCGACGGCGCUGCACACGGGCACCACGUGUGAGGUGACCUGCACAA